AUGGGCACGAAGAUUACCCCGCUAGGUAUUAACACUACCGUUGCCAACCAGGCACAAAAGGCCAUGGGAGACCGGCCUACCACCACAACCAACGACCCGAGGUAUAGGCCAAACGAGACACAACUCACUCUGCAAUGGUACGGCAACGCAGAUGUCCGUGUUGUUGAAGCGCCAGUUCCUGCGAUCACAGAGCCUACAGACGUUAUUUGUAAGGUCACCGGGACAACUAUCUGUGGUUCAGAUCUUCAUCUGUAUCACAAAGAAAUUAUGCAAUUGCAGCGUGGAGAUAUCCUCGGCCACGAAUGGAUCGGUAUCGUUGACGAAGUUGGGUCGGACAUCAAGAAUGUCAAGAAGGGAGACCGAGUUGUUGCAUCUUUCCAAAUUGCCUGUGGUACAUGCAAGUACUGCAAAAAAGGGCUAUCGUCGAUGUGCGAUACGACGAAUUCUUCCUCCGUCCAGGAGAAGUUGUAUGGCAAACCGUUCGCAGGCCUCUUCGGAUACACCCAUUUCGCAGGUGGCUUUGCCGGAGGACAGGCUGAAUAUGUUCGGUGCCCGUAUGGCGAUGUAAAUCUCCUGAAGGUUCCGGAUAGUGUUCCUGAUGAAAAAGCGCUGUACCUCUCCGAUAUCGUUCCCACUUCAUACCAUUCAGUUGUCUGCGCCGAGGUCAGCGAAGGGAAGAGCGUAGCAAUAUGGGGAGCCGGUCCUAUUGGAUUGUUAGCUGCAAAGUGGUCUAAGUUGGCUGGAGCUCGCCGAGUUAUUGUUAUUGACAAUGUCGAGGACCGUCUUGUAUUAGCGAAGGACAAGAUUGGCUGCGAGGUCAUCAACUUCGAUGGAUAUUCGGAUGUUGUUGAAGCCAUCUACAAGCUGGAACCAGACGGAGUUGACUGUGGUAUUGACGCGGCAGCAUUCCGAUAUACAAAGGGAUUUCUCCAUACCGUUCAACGCGCGAUCGGUAUGGAGACUGACAGUUCCGAGAUCGUCAACGAAGCCUUGAGGGCCGUUCGGAAAUUUGGAACUAUCUCUCUUGUUGCUGACUAUGCGGCAACGACCAACCAAUUCCUGAUCGGCGCACUUAUGGAAAAGGGCAUCACGCUCCGAGGGGCCGGCCAAGCUCCAGUUCAUAAGUACUGGAAGGACCUCAUGAAGAAGGUUGAAGCCGAGGAGUUUGAUCCAACGAUCAUUCUCUCACAUCGUUUUAAGUUUGAUGAGUUUAGAGAACUCUAUGAGGCUUUUGACAAAAAGGAAUUGGGCAUUAUGAAGACGUUUGUCGAGACGAGGUUUUCUCGCCCACGCGCAGCGGGGACUCCAGCUCUUAGCUGUUUUAAAACGGGUGAUGUGAAGCCUUCUACGGCUGUGGAGACUGCUCCUGCUGUGUAA